UUGAAAGCGAGGAGAGAAACUAAUGCAGUUUCACUUGUGUUGCAGGAACAUUGUCUACUCGGCGUCUUUGAUAUCUGAUCUUCAUAUAUUGUCAUGCCUCACCUUGUGCGUGAGAAUCUCUUCAUUGGAAAUAUUGGCGAUGCCGUGGAAGUUCUGCGACAUGGUAGCUCAGAAAUCACGCAUAUAUUAUCAGUUCUUAGUUCUGCGUCAGCAUCGUUUUUUUCUGAAUGGCGCAGUGGAUUGUCAAUUCCCAGCAAAGAAAUUAAGAAGGUAUAUGUAGGUGGGGGUGGCUGUGAAUCAGCUUCUGAGAAUGACUAUGUUGAUGGGUCGAAGAGUUCCUUAUCACCUGAGAAGCUCUUGUACUCAUUGGAACAUGCUGGAAAGGAUUUGAAGGUUGUGAGGAUGGCAGUGCCGCUGAGAGAUAUGGAAAAUGAAGAUCUGUUGGAUUAUUUGAAUGUGUGCUAUGAUUUCAUUGAGCAGGGUAGAAAAGAGGGAUCUGUUCUGGUGCAUUGCUUUGCUGGAGUAUCAAGAAGUGCUGCUGUCAUCACAUCAUACCUUAUGAGAAAGGAACGGCUAUCUCUAGAAGAUGCACUUGAUUCCUUGCGACAAAGCAAUGAGUUUGUCAGCCCCAAUGAUGGAUUUAUGGAGCAGUUAAAACUGUUCGAGGACAUGGGUUUCAAGGUUGAUUAUGCCAGUCCCAUAUACAAGCGUUUUCGCCUGAAAAUAUUGGGCGAGUCCUAUAACCGCGGGGAGAAAAUCAACAUUUCUAAACUUGGAGCAGAUCCAGGCUUGACCUGUGAAGUUGCUUCAGCCGUACAGUCAUCCCAACAAGUAGAUAAUUCCCUUGCACGUGCAUACCGCUGCAAGAAAUGUCGAAGGCUGGUUGCCUUGCAGGAAAAUGUGGUGGAUCACAUUCCUGGCGAAGGUGAGUCGUCGUUUGACUGGCGUAAGAGAAAAAGUGGAAACACUUUUAAUAAGUCAGAGGAACCUGAGUGCUCAUCUAUUUUUAUUGAGCCCCUCCGGUGGAUGACAGGAGUUGAAGAAGGUGCAUUGGAAGGCAAGUUAUCGUGUGCUCAUUGUGAAGGUCGCCUUGGAUACUUUAAUUGGUCGGGCAUCCAAUGCAGUUGCGGAAGCUGGAUCACCCCAGCAUUUCAGCUUCACAAAAGCCGAGUGGACAUCUCAACUGUCUGAAGCUUUCUUGGAACAGAGGUUUCCUAAUUCCAAACUUGAGGAUGCCUAUUGUCUCUCUUUUCUCAUAUGCAAAACGCAGAUAUUAGAUAUACUACAAUGCCUGCUGCCACUAGGGAAAGGAACUGCAUACAGGUUUGAAAAUUCUGCUUCCUACAUAUUCCCACCACUCGCUAUGAGAUGAGGAUCAACGGUGGAGACGUAUUGUUCUCUUUCUCAUUUCAAAAUCACGUUUAGAUGGAGAUUCAUACAUGUUUUCUCGGAAUUUGGCUUCCCGCGUUGAUAUUGUGUGAUGCAUAAGGUUUGAACACAUCCACAGAAAGUGGUGAUGCUCCUGUUGUCCAUUUCUCAAGUAACCCCCUUUAUUUUAUUUUGUUUAUUAUUGUUAUUAUUAUUAUUAUUUUCUGUUUGUCAUUUUAAACGUUGAGCGGCCAUCUUGGUUUUGUGGCCUUAAUGUGUUGGUAAAUGUUUAAUUGUCGUGAAGUAUUACAAUUUGCAGGCUUUGUAAGCAUAGCUUUCAGCAAUGAAGCUGAAUAAUAAUGUGGUUUUUAAUGCAUCGCUCAGGGUUAGAUUGUGAAA